AUGCCAGCCAACAACAUGGGAGGACCCAAGGUCACUCUCGCCCGCAUUCGCGAGCGACGUCGUCUACGUCUACAGCAGAAAGCUCUCGCCCUCGGUGCUCCAGGCGUGACGACUGCCAGGUCAGACUCAUUGUCGCUCGUACGCCCGUCGGGCGAAGAUGAGAAUGAUGACAUCCAGCCAGCAGCCUUCGAUACACCUCGCCGAUCACACUCGCUCGACAAGCCUGGCGAAAGCAGUACUGCCCACGUCGAUUGCAAAAUCUUGCUGCCUGCGCAAGACCCCAGCCUUGAUCGUGGCGAGCCUGCCCACGACGAGGCGAGCGAUCACGAGCUAGACACAGCUAGAGACAGCCUUCAUCAGCUCGAGAACAAGCGCAAACGCCUCCUCGAGCAUGAUGACUGGCUGAAUGUGGAAGAGAUGAGGCGGGUCCUGAAGAAGGCCAGCAGAUCGAAGGAGAGGGGCGCAGAGGAGCGGCAUCGAGCUGCGGCAGUCAAAGAGGACGCGAGCAGGCUUCAGGCGAGAGGAGAGGCUGGAUUGACUAAUUCGCAGCACCCUCAGAGUCAUGAGCAACAGCAUAUCCAAGUAAGCAAGCCGCUCGUCUCCCGGAGCAAGCCAAUCGACGAUACUGGGGGUGGUCACGUGGGUUCUCAACCCGUCGAGCUCAAGGCUGUAGCAAAUCAUUUGGCGAGCUCUGAGCCUGCAGUCAGUCAAGCCGAACCAAAGCGGCUGCCUGAUCUCACGGAACCGCUCUUCGAUACCUCCAUCAAAGGGCUUUUCACUGGCGGCGGGCUCGGCAGACGAUCAGCAGAGGAGGUCAAGAAGGUGACACAGGAGCAUGCGGUCGAUCCGGCAUCAGAGCCACAGAGACGACAAGUUGCAGAAAUCAACCAGUAUGAGCAGGCCGUAGACUGGGACGAGAGGAGCCGAUCUGCCGAGGAAGUGCUGCCUUCGAUGAAGUCACGGCCGGACGAAGGGAGUGAAGAGAAGAAUACAGAGGCAGAGGCAGAGCGCCAGGAGCUGGAGUCGCUGGGCCUUGAGACCAGAGAGAGCAUGCGGAGACAACUCUUUGGGUAG